AUGGAUACUCCCUUGUCAUACGUUGCAGCUAUUCUACCAUCAACGUCACCAUCUCCGAUCGGCUUGUUUUCGAAAGAUUCCUGCUAUAGCUAUGCCCUCGUCACUUCGGCCCUGGCGCUGGGGACAGUUAUUGUGUUCCUUACGACGGGAGUUUGGGCAUAUCGACCCAAAGUUCCAUUCGCGCUUGAGGAUGAGUUUCCCAGCCGGAACGAGCGAGUUCAGCAAUAUGUGCGCGACUCUCGAGAGGUUCUCGUUAAGGGAUACACAAAGUUCACUUUUGAGCGAUACACCAAAGUUGGCGCCCUACCAGCCUGGUCCAUCAAAUUAUUCUCCGCAAAGUUCAAUCCGGCUUUAGAUUCCUACGCUGAAAUUUUCCAGAACCUGGUCAGCGAUCAUAUUGCAGGACUAUUGCCUGCAACUAAUUAUACAAAUAACCAAAGCGGCUGGGCAUCCAUCAACGUGUGGUCGUCCAUCAUUCCACUCAUAACCAAAGCAGAUGUCCGAGGCUUUCUUGGUCACGAUGCUGCCGAAGAUGAAGGCUUUCUCGACGUUGCGAGCACGUUCAUCAUCAAUCAGAUCGUCUAUGCCGUAGGUGCAAAGCGAUGGCCGUCUUUCCUCCAUCCAGUUCUGUACAAGUAUCUCCCAGGUUUCUCGGGUCUCGUCGAACAGUACAGAAAUGGUGAGAAGGUGGUCUUGAGGCAGAUGGAGAACAAGAAGUCCAACGGCCUCAAGCCUCUGUCCGACCCGCCCAGCGUUUUUGAUUACGUCAACGAGGACGGUCGGUACCUGGACAAUUUGCGACUUCAGAUGGAUAUCCAGAUGCCUUUAUGCGCUGCAAGCAUCCACACUACCACAACGACAAUCGUGCAAUGUUUGUAUGACCUAGCCAGUCGCCCGCAGUACCUCCCAGCACUGCGUCAGGAAGCCCAAGAGGUUACUGAACAGCACGGAAAUGUACUCAACAGACGAGCGGCUUCGAAAUUGGAGAAGAUGGACAGCUUUGUCAAGGAAGUACAAAGGUUUUGCUCUCCUGAUCUGACCACCUUCCAGCGCAAAGCUACUGCCCCGGUCACACUCUCGAAUGGAUUUCACAUCCCUAAAGGUGCAAGAAUCGAAGUUGCCACUGGCGCCAUCAACGCGGAUGCGGACCUCUACGAUAAUCCCUCCGAGUUUGAUGGUUUGCGAUUCUACAAGAAGAGACAAGAAUCGGACGAAGCCCGGUCAAAGUUUCAAGUCUUGAGUGUGAGCAAACUGGAUCUAUCCUGGGGAUACGGUCGAGCUGCCUGCCCUGGGAGGUUCCUUGCCGACCUCUUGAUCAAGAUGGUCCUGGUGGAAGUCUUGAAGCGUUACGACAUCAAGAUGCCAGAGGGUCAAGGUCGAUAUGAGAAUAUGGAGAUCCAGGGCCAGGGCAUAGUCUUGAUCCGACACAGGGCUGGAUAA